ACGCCGCUAUCGAGAAUCGAGCCAGUGCGCACGGGCAUACCGCGCUGCGAACACGUGACGAUGUUUCAAAAUAAAGUUGUCAUCGUAACCGGUGCAACGUCUGAUAUCGGUCAAACCGUAGCUAUAAAAUUCGCAAAAGAAAACGCUUCCGUAGUGCUAGUUGGCAGAAACGAGGAGAAACUAGCGAAAGUUAAGAAACUAUGCGACGACGAAGGUUCCUGCGCGUUUAUUGUCAAGGCCGAUCUGACUGAAGACGAAGAUGCCGAAAAUGUUAUCAAACAAACAAUUGAGAAGUAUAAAAAACUAGACGUGUUAGUUAACAACGCUUCCAUUUUACGACUUGGGAACAUACUAGAGGCUACAAUUCUGGAGACGUUUGAUGAUAUAAUGGAUACAAAUGUAAGAGCUGUUAUGGCACUAACGUCAUAUGCAACAGAACAUUUAAUAGCGAGUAAAGGAAAUAUAGUGAAUGUGUCAUCGAUUGGUGGCAGCAGAGUUGUUUCAUUACACCACGCUGCGUACUGCAUGUCACACGCAGCAUUAAAUCAUUUCACGAAAUUCGCUGCGUUCGAAUUAGGUAAAGAAGGUGUUAGAGUGAAUUCAGUGAGUCCAGCAGUGCUCGAUGAACAUGAGAGCGUGUUAAGUACACUUUUAGAUGAAGAUCCGAGUUCUGAAGAUAUUGCUGAUAUGGUUAUUUAUUUAGCGAGUGAUGACGCCAAGAGCAUAACAGGAUCGAAUUAUACGUGCGAUAGUGGAGCUUUAGCUAAAAGUUGAAGGCAGGAUAUUCACAAUUUAUCUACGUUUUUGUGAAACAGACUAAAGCUAUUUCAUUUGUAUGUAUUUAUCUCAAGACUGGUAAUGAUAUGUUUUUUUUUGUACAGUAUACAUUUAUUUUUUUAUGUCCACUGUGAAGACAAUAAAAUAUUGCUAGUGCGAUAUGAAAAAAUUAUUAAUUAAGAAAUUGUAUAAAUUAAGUUUCUAUUGUGAUAAUGUUUACUGAGAAUAAUAAAUAUUUUAUGUAAAUGUAUGUGUUUUAUUGUAAUUGUACUCUUUGUAAAUGAUUUUGUAAUAUGUACAUACACCACGGCCAUUAUACACCACAGUAGCCAAGUACGGGUUAGUAAUUGGGCCAUCCCAUACAUGGCUGGGAUAGGAGCCCUCGAGAACAUAGGUGUCCUAUCCCAGCUGUGGGAACAAAUAUUGUC